CGGAAUGUCAAAGACAGCACAUGCAUGCAAAAGAGAGGCAGUAUAGAUUGGAACAAAAGAGGGGGAGGAGGAGGAGAAGGCAGAAAGUUGAGAAAAGGAACAGCUGAAAGUCCAGCGGAAGUGGAGCCUCAACCAAGUGUUGGCCGAUUGGAAUGAAUGGAUGACGAUGCUUCACUCUUUCUUGUCCUUCCCUUCUCCCUCUCCCUCUCCCCAUACCUUUCUUUUUCCUGUCUUCCUCGAAACUUCUUCUUUUUCUUCCAUGCGAUGAGAUAGCGCUGGGCCGCAAAGGCCAAAAAUCCACCCUCCGUGUUAUUGAAUUUUCCCCUGCGAUCUGAGCCUCGGAGCUUAAUUCUGGUCCAUCUAUUCUUUUCCGUCCUGACGAACCCGAUCUCCCUGGCCCUUCCUCGUCUUUCCUCUUUCUCUGGCUUCCACUCCAGAGCUCAUCAUGGCCUCAGCAAGCCUAGACCAACUGGUCAAGGGCUCUCCAGCACCCAACAAUCGCCUUGCAUCUUCUGCGACAUCCUCCUCCGAAUCAUUGGCGCCUGCAUUUCACCUCCAAGCUCCCUCGAGCGAUCCCUCUUCCCCGCCACGGUCGUCAACUCCCGAUCCACUGUCGACCCUCCCCUCUUCCCCACCCCAGAUAUACCUCAAUCUCCUGAUUCUCGAGAGCUCUCUGCGAGCUCAAUACCUGGCUCUCCGGGAACGCCGCCGACAAAAUACCUUCUUCCUUCUCUUGCUUGCCGCCUGGAUCGCCUACUUUGCCUACGCGCUCUUUCUCCGCCCGCGCGAAGAUGGCCGCGGUGUCGGAGGAUCGGUCUAUUGGGUAGUCGAAAUGGGAGAAAAGGUCGCCCUGAUGGGUGGCGUGGUCACUGCCCUCCUGGUCUGGGGAACAGGGCAAUGGGAACGGGGAGUUCGUUGGCCGCGGCGCUGGCUCGCCGUAGCCAACCGCGGCCUCCGCACCAUGAACACCAAGAUCGUGGUCAUCCGAGGUCCCUGGUGGCAGGAACUCUUCUCCUACCUCUCUUUUCUCUUCCCCUUCUCUGCCCCCUUUUUCCCGUCCCCCGUGGGCGAUUUCCACUACGUCGAGCGCCCUGCGUCCGAAAGACGUGGUAGUCGGCAGCACUACCAGCAGUACUACAACCACGACGCGGAAUCCGGUCUGGUACAGGAAGACCUCAGCCCGGGAGGGGACUACAUUCGACUUCUUCUACUGCCGAAGUCAUUCUCGCCCGAGUUUCGCGAGAAUUGGGAUGAAUACCGCAGCGAAUUCUGGGAUAAGGAGAAUGAUCGUCGUGCUCAGCUGCGCCAGAAGCUGCGCCAAAGGGAGCGUCAGCUCGCCCAGCAGGAUGGCGGCUGGUUCUGGUGGUUCGGAUUGAGUUGGAAGGCGUCGCAACGCCGACGAGUCGCUGCCGCAACGAUCAGCCGACCCGGCGAUGCUGACAAGAUCCCACAUCGUCCCCAUCACCACCACCACCAUUCGUCCAGUAUCUCAAAGCUCGUCCAUGAAUCCAAAUCGCCCUUGCGACGCGGCGGACCACGCUCCGAAUCCCAUUCCCGCACGCCAUCACGCAGCACUACCCCAGUUGACACUGACGACCGACCCCCGUCCAGGUCAUCCGUCAGUGGCCGUCCCCGCCGCGGAAGCACAAGUCCAAGCACAGAACAACAAAUCCAGCAAUCACGAAAGAAGAAGGCAUCCAAAGCCGCCACUCGUGGUCUGUCUCCUUUGACACAGGCCCAAAUCCGAGAGGGCGUGCGCACCCCAUCCUUUUCAUCCGACGAUUCCUCCUUUAUGGGCACACCCAGCGAAAAAGAGAAACCCAAAGAAGAUGGUGCUGAAUAGAAAUUCUCCCAAAUCAACACCAAUUUCUGGUCUAAUCUACCAAUUAUUCCCCCGUAUGUCCAUUGCCAAUAUUAUACCCUCUGAAUUGCGCACUACACACAUACACACACACAUAUACUAUCUCAUCUCGAUGUACUUACCGCCGUCGUAGGGUGUGUGCCGAAAUAAAGCUCUUUUCUCUCCCCUUUUCAUCGUGCAUUGCCGAUUCCUGCCUUAUACAUUUCGGUUGGUUUCUGUUCUCUUCCCCAUCUCCGAUUCAAUUCCUUCUCUUUUUUUUUUAAUACCCCUCAUAUUCCAUCAUCUUUAUAGUGCAUUUUUACUUUACUUUUUGAGUUUUUGGCAUCAGGGGGUAUGGUAUAACUAUGCGACUGAACUUACGUCCCUUAGAAAAAAGAUUCGAAAAAAAAAAAAAAAA